ACCAUUUCCAUGAUGGGGGGGAGAGCGAGGGGAUCUCGCUUUGAGCUUUAUUCCACUUGGUGCGCUCGUCCACUAGCGGCGCCGAACACGUCAUGACAAUUUCGUCACAGCCCAAGGCUUUCGGGUCAUGGGGCCCGAGCGGAGCCGAAGCCCCCACGCCACCCGACCGCAAUCUGAGCCGAGCGCCAACGGAAACUGCCGAGGUGGUGGCAACAACCGAGCUCUGCCGGAGAUAGCCGAAGGCUCCAGGAACGUGGCGUACGAACCCGACUUAGGGAAGAGAACGGCGUGUUCGUAGCGGAGCUGUGCCGAGCCAAGCUCGCCAGGCUGUGGGCAGUGUAGCCGCUGAGAGCUGAGUCGUAGCGGGUGCGACAGGCGCAGGUGGGUUCCGUGCCGUUUCGUACCCGAGCUAAACAAACCGGUCUGCAGAGAGCAAGUCGCUGUUGCCUGUAAUUCUGCCCGCUGUUCGCCGGCGGCAACGGCAGUACGCCGACUGCGGACUGCGAAGAAUCUGAAGCAGAGGUGUUACGUGUGUGACAUGGUGCAACCGGCCAGUAUAGGCGGAUAUGGCUUCUGGCUGACGUGAAACAAGAUGUGGUGUGAUUUACAGAGCCCUGCCAUGAUGGGGCUGCAAGCGACGGCGAGCAAACGCAAGCUGGAGUACGACAGCAAGUGCCAGCCGGCCAAGCUGGUGCGGCUGGACGAGGGCGCGCACGACGCAACGGCCGCCGACCUGGACGACUGGCGCCUCGCGUCGGCGCUGGGCGGCGCGCUCGCCAGCCCCGUGCCGCACCAGCACGACGAGGACGACGACGACGACGAGGACGACGACGACGACGAGGACGACGACAAGGCCGACAAGUACCUGCCGCCCGCGGCGCGCGCCUACCACUGCCUGCGCUACGCCGAGGGCGACGGCGUCUGCUACCCGCACGCCGUGCCCGUGCCCGUGCCCGUGGCCGAGCUCAAGGCGGCGCCCUCGCCGCCGCCGCCCGCCGGCUACUACCCGGAGGAGGCGUCCGCCUACGGCGCGGGGGCGGGAGGCGGUGCGCCGCCCCCGUACGGCCCCCAGGCGCGCCUGGCCGUGCGCUACCAGCCGUCCCCGGCCGCCCCCAGGCCCGUGCACCAGUACUGGGGCAGCAGCGAGUACUAUUCGCAGAACUCGCAGCAGACGAUACGCUGCGACGAGAACGGCAAGUCGUACCUGGAUCUGGGCAGCUCCAGUGCCAGGUAUAGCGCCGCCCCGACUGUCCCCGCGAGGUGUCCUCCGCCGCCGCUGCCGCAGCCGCCGCCGCCACCGCCGCCGGCGUCGGCCGCGCCGCCCCCCGCCGCCCCUGGGAAGGACGUGGAGUGCUGUGACGGCAGGACCGGCUGGUGCGGCCGGGGGCCGGACGCGGCCUGCUACCGACAGAGGCGGCUCGCGGUGCUCAACAUCUCCAUGUGCAAGCUGGGUAGGUACAGGCAGUUCCCCGACCCCAGCCUGCGCAGGUCGGUGCUCAUCUGCAACACGCUGCGCUACAUCGAGCGCGAGAUGGAGCAGGAGGGCUGCUUCUUCGGCGGCGGCGUGACGCACGUUCCGGCCGCCGCCCCCCCGCCCCCGGCUCCGACACCGCAGCCGCCCGCCGAGCCGGAGCCCAGCUACCAGCCGCACUUUGCCGACGUGUCCGCCCCCUCGCCCGCUGCCGCCCCCGCUUACGCGGCGCCACAGUACCGCGUCCCAGCGCACGGCGCCGACCUCAUCCCGCCGUACGAGCACACCCUGAGGGACUUCUCCGCCAGCGGGCGCGCCACGCCGUUUCCCGCGGCCUGCGCCGACGACUACGACGCCGACUCUGGCGUCGGCGACGAGGAGUCGGCCCGGGGCAUCAACUGGGGGUCCGUGCUGAGCCUCUCCAGCCAGUCCGACCUCGAUCCACUCAAUAACAAUGAACUCUACUCUCCCUCCCCCCCUCACACGUCGUCGUCGUCGUUCGGCUUUACCAACGGGGACUCGAACAGUUCGCUCAGUUUGCUCGGAGACGUGGACUUGGGACACGAGUUCGACGAUUUCCUCCCCAGUUGGAAACUGACGCCUCUCAGUGCCGACGACAUUCUCAAGUCCGUCCCUCCGUCGGAGUUCUCGGCGCGACAGGGCGAGGGCGAACUGGACAGCAUAAUGCACGUCCUCGUCGGCACGUAAUGGGACGCGAAGAGUGCGCCUCUUUCGGUAUCAUCGAAUGGGAGUGAGAUUACUGGUCAGUCGAUUGAUCUUCAAAUGUGCUCAGGUUGUGAAGGGCUGUUCAAUUUGAUACUUAUAUUCUUAUAUUUCAAUUUGGCAGCCCGUGGUCCUUUAAAUUUACUUAAAAAGAACGUUUAGUCUGAACUAAUAUAUUUUCGUUCUCCGUUCGACACCUUUUUAUCACUUAAACAGUACUUUUUGUACAUUUUGCAAUUCGACAGAAGAAAAUGGAUGUAGGUCUACGGUGACUGUUGCGUAAAAAGGUUUUUAUAGAAUGUUUAUUUUGAAGGUUCUCUAGUACAGAGCUUUUACCAAUGUUUGGGCAUAGUCUUAAUACCUUUGUUUUCUUUUGCAGAGAGGGAGGGAGAAUGAGAAUGAGAAUGAGAGAGAGAGAGAGAGAGAGAGAGAGAGAGAGAGAGAGAGAGAGAGAGAGAGAGAGUGUCUGAAGCUUGUCUGAAUUAAUAUCUCAGGUCUCUGUAAAGUCAUGUGGCUAACAUCCACAUUUUUGUCAAGAGGUGCUCUUACAUAGGUUGUAUGCUUCAUUUAUCUAUACGCCUCUGUCCCUUUUUCGUAAAGCUUGUCCUCUUUCAUGUUUUGUUCCCUUGUUCAGAGUAAUACGUAUGUUAAACUUUGCAUUAAAAAAUAUAUUUUUGAAGAACUUAUUGUGCACUAAAGAUAUAGUUCUUGUUGGUUUUGUGAAGAGAUGACAGUAUAAUGAAAUGGUUCUAUAGAUGACUAGAUUAUAUACAAAGUGAUGAUUUGCACUUCAGUAUAUAAACAAAUCCAGGAGAAAUUAGUGAUGGAAAAGCCCUUGUUACCUGUAACGUUGGUGACUUGUCUAGUUGUAUAUAAAAGUGGACUAUUAUGUACUGUUUAGAUAGUAUGACUGAAAACCGUAUUGCAUUGUCCUUUCGAACUCUUCUUUAAAAUUACAAUAUUAAGCUUUUAAGAUUUAUUUAACUACAGAAAGGAAUCACUCUAUUGCAGUUUAAGAAGCUUUUUUUUUUUCCCUCAGAUCAUUCAAAUUUUUUUAAAUAAUCGUUACUGAUUCAGCAAUUAAGAAACUGUUCAAUGGUGCAAACAGUACUGACUGAUAUUUUAUUUUGAAGAGAUGUUACAGUGCUAAUGAAUAUGUGGAAGAUUUGCUCUAAACAGUAUAAAAUAAUCCUACUUACAAUCCUACUGGAGAGUAGGCUUAGUGUACAGUAGAUUUCUUUUAUGUAAAAAGAAGUCCUUCACAUUAUGAUUUGACAGUCAUGUGGAAGUGAUUUUCAGGCAUUGCCCAAUUUUCUGUGUACUCUGCUGUAAAUAUAUCUCCAUAAUGAGUGUAAAUAGUUGCAAAGUAUAUACAUAAAUAUAAAAAUAUGCCAUAAAUAUAUUGUCUAUAUAAAUAUAUUUUGAAAUGUUCCAGAAGGAAUAUUUGCACUAAAAUAAUUUUGAUUAUGAAAAUCUAGUCCUUUAAAAAUACGUCACAAUUUUGACGUUUAAAGCUGGAGUCAGAAAAUUGGGCUGUCCCAGAUAUUGGCUGUCCCAGCUGUCUGCAGCUGUCAUGUUGAUGGUUGAGUAUUAUUGUGAGGAGUACUGUCACAAUUCCACAAAUAGAAAAUAUUGUGUGUAUUGCAGGAUACCAUUAUGUAUGUUUUCACAAAGUGGUUGAAACUUCACUGUAUGCUGUAUCAUUUUUCCAGUGAAAUAAUCUUUAGUUAUCAUUCAUUGAGAUUAUUUCAUUUUUUUAAACUCUUAAUUUUGAAUGUAUGUUGAUAUUUCUGCUCAAAGCUAAUUUAUAAACUCAGUUGAGUGCCUUGAGUAAUGGCAAACAAAAUUAUAGUUAACUCAGUAGAUUGUUUGCUGUGAAGUGCUCUUUAAGGUUAUAUGAUGGACAUUUAUUUCUAUUGCCAAAGUACUUGGUUGUGAUGGAGAAAUGAUAUGACAAGUGAAGCAUAUAAAUGGUGCCCUCAGAAGAAAAAUUUUAAAUGAUUGUGCUGUGAUAUUGUCGUGUACAACUCUGUUAAAUCUAAAAUAUUGGCUGCUAAUGUUAGGUAGGUAUUCAUGAUUAUAUAUAUAUCUAUAUAUAUAUGUAGAUAAAAUGUGAUGAAUUUGCAAUAAAUUAAUAUAAAAUAUUAAGCAUGUUGUUAAAUCCCUUAUUUAAAAGAAAAAACAAAUAAAUAAAUAAAUAAUUAUACCAAUUCACCAUUCUGUUUUGUUGUUUAGCGGUGAAAUUUCACCCACUUGCACCUUGUUGCAAUAGGGGGAAAUAAUAUAUUGAAAUUGCGUAAAUGACAUCUCAGUUCUCUAUUUCAUGAACACGCAUUGUACAAUAGUUCCCUUAUACAUUGACCAAGAUAGUUAUAAAAAGACAAAAUAUUAUUUUACUGUAAGAAUUUAACUGUAUCCAUAUAUUUUUACAUCAAUUUGGCAUCUUGGAUGUUUGUGAAAUGAAAUUCUAUUCAGGGACCUGCAUUUCUUUUAUUGAAUGUGUUUGUAAAAAUUAAUUUAAUGUGCAGGCAUUUGAAGAUAUUAUUUGAAAUGCCUUCUGACACUUUUUUUUUCUGGGAAGAAAGAAAUACGGUACAGAAUGUACGACCAAACUGAACGUUGCAUCUCCCUCAGUAAUUAUUUGUUUAAAUAUCAUGACCAGGUAAAAUUAUGGAACAAUAACGUACAAUCACUAGUACUAAACUACAAAAAUUGUUAUUUUCAUGUCCAAUUUGUACUGAAAGUUCAUUAAAAAAACACAUUAAACAUGA